AUGGGCCUCUUUUUGCCGUACCAGAAUAUUAAGUGCGAUUAUGUACCCCGUGUUGCAUAUAUUUAUCCAGAAAGAAAUGAUGAACAUUUGGAUGGAGGCUACAGCUCACAGACCGACUGUCCAGAUUUAUUUAUCCCAGAUUUCACGCGAGCUAGGACUUUCAUCGAAAGUGAUCGCUGGCCCGGCGACGAAGAAUUUACAUUGACUCUUACGGAUGAAUCGGGCAAAAGGUUGGCUUUUGCUCAAAACAUGCUGCGAGAUAUUUAA